AUGAUACUGGUCACCAUUGAAGAUAGGAGGAGAAAGUGGGGCAGGGUUCGAUGCCAUGAGGAAGCUUCACUUACGAAUAGACUUGCAGAUAACCACUGGGAACUUAGAGACUUCACAGCAAAACUGGUUGCUGCAAUAUGCAAAAGAUUUGGGCAUGUGUAUAACACUCUUCAGACACGUCUGACCAAAACUCUUCUGAACGCUCUUUUGGACCCAAAGCGAUCAUUGACUCAACAUUAUGGUGCAAUUCAAGGUUUAGCAGCCCUGGGACCCAACGUGGUUCGCCUUCUUCUACUGCCAAAUCUUGAGCCUUAUUUGCAUCUUCUUGAACCUGAGAUGCUACUUGAGAAGCAAAAGAAUGAAGUGAAGAGGCAUGAGGCCUGGCGAGUGUAUGGGGCCUUGCUGCAUGCAGCUGGUCAAUGCAUAUAUGAUCGCCUCAAGAUCUUCCCACCUAUGCCAUCCCCACCAGCUCAUGGUGUCUGGAAAUCCAAUGGAAAAGUUGUUACCACAGUGCCAAAUAAACGCAAGGCAACCAUGGAGCACUUGGAAGAGCAGCCACCCCACAAGAAAAUAGCAACUGAUGGACCAACUGGUCCAGUGUCUACCAGCUCCUCAUCAUCUCCCAUGCAGGAGGAACCAGUAGUAGCUUCUUCUUUGGGGGAUUCUGAUGCGGGCCCCUUAUCAUCUUCUGCACAGAUUUCUCAUGAUAGCGGAUCAGGCAGCAGACAUAGAAGAGGCAGUGGUGAUACUCGAGCUUCAAAGAUUUCAGCCAUCCUACCGCAGAUUUGGAAGGAUGACUUAAAAUCUGGGCAGCUUAUGGUUUCAUUGUUUGGUCUAUUUGGGGAAGGCAUUCUCUCCUUUAUUCCUGCUCCUGAGAUGUCUUUGUUUUUGUAAAGGAUGAUAUAGUCGCUGUGAAUUUAUAAUUGAAGAAAGAAAUAUCAUAUCAAUGAAAUACAUGGUUUACGUAGAGCUUAUAUGAUGGAAUUCAUGUGUCUAG